AUGACAGCACUCCGCCUUGAUGCACAUGCUUCCGUGGAUGGGAGGUUGGAGCAGGCUGAACUCUACAGCUGGCUCACCACCACCACCUUUGCACCUUCCAAGCAAGCCGCACUGGACUUUAUUGUCAAGUUCAAUCGGAACUUCAAGAGGUACAAUGACGCCGUCAAGGCCAAGACUGAGCGCAUCACUGAGGAAACCAAGAAGACACUACUCCAGCGUGCUCUCUCCGAUGUGCCAUUGCUCCAUGCAGUCACCUCCCGUGAGAUUGAGCGCAUGACCUUGGAGCACAAGCCAGGUUACAAUUUCGAGGAGUACUACGAAGUCAUCAAGGUGACUGCCGCUAGCUACGACAGGAACCGGGCAACGUCACGCCGUCGGUCUGUCAAUUGGCAUGACCUUGAUAGUGACAACUGUGAUGGUCAAGACAGUGAGGCCCCAGCUGAUGGAGGCAUUGAUGCAUUCAAUGUCAAUCUGGACCCAACCACCCGAUUGCCCGAUGAGUUCUUCCGCCAACUCCCACGUGAAGACAAGUCCAUCUGGCACCGGCUGUCCCCCCAGGCCAAGAAGAUCUUGAUGGAGUCAACCCCACCCAAGCCUGGUCCACCUGCACGACAGGCUCACCUUUCUGAAAUGGUAGAGCAGGAUGAGGAGAAGGAUCGCCCUGAACAAGUGGAUGACACACUACCACCCACCAUGGAAGCCAAUCAAGCACAAGCCAAGCCUGGAGCUGGUCCAUCCCACUCGGCACCCCAGUCCAAGUCAAAUGACCUGCACCCGGCACACCCAGCUCGAAUGAUGGGCACCAAACCCAAGCCACGCGAAGGUAACCUUGCUGCUAGCCACCCGAGCAAUCGAUCCGCCCACCAUGCAUUCCACCGCAUGCUGGACAACGUUGAUGACAUUGCCUCUGGUGCUGCCCAUUCUACCAAGCCUGGCCCUGAUAGAGCGGAUUUUCGGCUCGGUUCUGGUGUUCCCAACCACCCUUGUGUAUCGUACUACUCAGCCUUCAUCCAUCACCGCAAACGACUUUGGUGCACCUUGAUGGAUCGAGGCGCCAAUGGAUUUAUCCUUGGCAAUGAUGUACGUGUUGUGAAUUUAUCUGGUACAUUCAUUGAUUUGAAUGGUAUUGACAAUCACACAGUUCGAAACCUCCAGUUGGCUACUGCGGUUGUGUUCAUGCGAAGUGAUCAUGGUCCCAUCCUUGGUUGCAUCCACCAGGGUGCCGUCAUGUACGACGGCCGUACCAUUGCUUGUCCCGGUCAGAUGGAGCACUUUGGUUGUUGUGUCCACGACAAAGCCAAGACCGUGACUGGAGUGGACCCCUACUUUGUCACACCCAAUGGUUUCAGAGUCCCCAUGGCCAUGCGCAAUGGACUUCCGUAUGUAGACUGGCGGCCACCCACUGAUGCUGAGAUGGCAGACGACUCCAUCCCUUUGAUAGAUUUGACUAGCCCACACCCGUGGGACCCCUCGUGCCUUGAUUCAGUCCCGUCCGAUGAUUGGUAUGACACCCAAAGUACUACCGUCCUUGACGAUGCAGAUUCCCCUUUAGACAGCUUGGGCCGACUCCAGACUAUGGAUGACGAUGCCCUGACUCCAUCUCGUCCCACCCCCAAGCAGUCCAUUGAUCGUCGCGGUAUCAUCGCCGCCAUGGCUAACCUUGUUCAAGACGAUUUGGUCGCUGCCAGUGCUGAUGAUGUCCCCGCCCUCUUAUCCCGCCCGUGCCAUCAUUAUGACUCCAGCUCCGACGAUGAUUCUGACCUUGAAGAUGACUCUGACGUUGAAGACCUCCGACAGUGCUUUGCCCGUGUCCCCGACCUUAUGACCCCCUAUGACGACUCCUCUGGUGCUGAAGACUCGGACUCCUCUGGUGAUGAUUCUGACUCUGACACUGAGGACUUACGCCAUUGUUUUGGAGUCCAAACCCGUGGCCAGCUUCGUGGGGAGCCUCCAAGUACUCGCUCCCGUUCCCGUCCCACCCGCCCCUCUGACCCAACGAAGGAUGGGGAGAAAAGGACUCGGAAGAUGCCUGAAGUUAGACGACCUCGUUCCAAGAAGCAGUCCUCCGUUGACAGACGACCACGAGUUGAGACAGUACUACCAAGCGAUGAUGAUGACAGUUCCAGCGACGUUGAAGAUGAAGAUGGAGACAUUCUCAAGUCGAACAACAGGGCCAAGCACCACACCGGUGUUGAGCUGCCCCCCAUAUCCCGCAAGCGGCCCCCUGAGCAGAUUCCAAUGAUGCGGCGGUUCUUUCCGGGAACUAGUGACGAGACACUCAAGCGAACACUGGAUGCCACUACCCAGUAUGGUACCAAGGGAGCUGUCCAAGGUCGUACUCUCCGAAGCCAGAUACUGUCGCCCAACCCGAUCCUCAACAUUCCGAGAAGGCAAGAGGAUGUGGCUACAGAUACUAUCUACGGCAGUGUCCCUGCGGUUGACGACGGAUCUGUGGCAGCCCAAUUCUUCAUUGGACGCACAUCCCACUACAGGUCAUUACACCCCGCUGGCACCAGUGACGCAAGCUAUGUCAAGACACUGAUGGACAACAUCCGAAGGUUUGGAGCAAUGAACUGCAUCAGGAGCGACAAUGCCCAGGCCCAGGCAAGCAAACGGGUCAAGGACAUCCUACGGACCUUUUGCAUCAACGACCGAACCUCUGAGCCAUACAGAGGGAAUCAGAACUAUGCAGAACACGGAUGGAAGGAUACCAAGACCAAGACGCAGCUGGUACUUGACACCAAGAAUGCACCAUCUAAGUGUUGGCUGACUGCUGGCCAGUACGUGACCACCCUGCAGAAUCAUAUGGCAUAUGAGAGCCUUGGCUGGAGAACUCCCUUUGAGUGGUUGCAUGGGUACACGCCUGACAUAUCUGCACUCCUUCAAUUUGAGUUUUAUGAACCAGUCUACUACCAGAAGUAUGAUGCGAAAUUCCCACAGGACUCAACCGAGUGUGUGGGGAGGUUCGUUGGCGUCUCAGAGUAUGUUGGCCAUGGCAUGACGUACAAGAUUCUCACUGAGGACGACAAGAUCAUCCAUCGGGCUGUCGCUAGAACAGCAAGACUAGGCAACGAAUUCACCAAUUGGAAGGCGGAUGCACAGGCACCCAAGCUUGCGCCCAAACCCAAGCCAUUUGUGGACGGACCACCCUCAAAGACCAUCGAAGGAGGUAUUGAUCUUGGGGAGACCCAGAACGCUACAGUGUUCCAUGACGCCAUCCGGCAUGACAUCAGCUCACACCUGAGAGAGGACGACAUUCUCCAAGGUGGCACACUACUGACCAUUGAUGUGUCAGGUUUGCUCAACCGAACGUUCAUAACCAACCCGGACGACAAUGGGGAGUUUGAGAUCCUUGUUGAAUGGGCAAGCGGAACAACCUGGUUGGUGUGGAUGGAUGGAAGCGGUGUAGACCCUACACGAAGAAUGCAAAGAAAUUCGCUAGGAUGA